ACAUAACGGAAGACACUGCCCCUUCUCCCCCGCCCUCUCCGUUUAGAAAAAAAAAAAGAGGAAUGAAAACAAAAGCAAAAAAUCGAAAGCCCAAACACAUACAUAUAUAAUAAUAUUACGAAGAAAACAGAAAACGAUGCUUCCCCACUCUCAUUCUUUAUCGUAUCCCUAAAGGCCUCUACAAAACAAACGGCCAUGGGCAGCAGCGCUACGGAAGAACUGCAGGAGGAGCAGCUCGCGAUUCUGGGAAAAACCCUAAAAGAAGGUGAGCGCAUUUUAGCGCCGACCCGGAGACCAGACGGCACUCUCCGCAAGCCUAUAAGAAUCCGGGCGGGCUACGUCCCCCAAGAUGAGGUUGCAAUCUACCAAUCAAAAGGCGCUCUGCUAAGAAAAGGCAGCUCUCCGGAAGUGCCGCCCGGAUACGAUCCCGUCUUGGAUGCGAAGCCAAAGACUAAGUCGGCGAAGAGGAAUGAGAGGAAGAAGGAGAAGAAGCAACAGGCUGCUCUUGCUUCAUCAGCAUCAGCUAAGGGAAAGAGCUUAGGCCCUCAGGCAGCUGGAGAAACGGCAACUGCAGAGGUGCUUUCUUCUGAGGAUGUGGGACACAGGUCAGAAGCUGUGGAGUCAAUAGCUCUUCAAAUGAAUAAGCUAGCUGUAUCUCCGACUCCUACAGUACAUGGUCCUACUCCACACUCAACAGAGAGUUCAAAUCCAGGGGGCCCUCCAGAUCUUGACAAAAGAAUUAGAGCACUAAAAAAGAAGAUUCGGAACACAGAAGCUCUAGAGAAAGGCAAUAGAGAUGACAUGAAGCCAGAGCAGUUGGAUAAGUUGGCGAAAUUGGAAGGGUGGCGCAUGGAGCUAAAGCUUCUGGAGGAUAAAAAGUCGGUGGCACCAGUUCCAUGAGGGUUUGUGUCAAAUGGUGUGAAGUUGUAAUAUUUGUGGGUUGGGUUCUGAUCCUAGUUUGGUGGGCAUGUGAAUGCUGUUGUCAAAUACAGUCGCGUGCGGGCGAAAUGAUUCUAGGAACUGGAACCUUCAUUGGUUGUGCAUCUCCCAUCAUUUUCCUUUUCUGAUUGCCAACUAUUAAAGAGUUUCUCCCUUUAAUUCCUGAUGAUUCUCUGCCCUCGCUCCAUUACAUUCCAGAAUGGGUGCAGUAUUCGGCACUUUGACAUUGAUGAUUUCCAUGCAACAAGCAAAUGUCGAGCUUUUAACUUUU